AAUAAAAGCAGGCCACCCAAGCCAGCAGGGGCAACCCACUUAGGUCCCCCUCCAGGCUGUGGAAGCUUUGUUCUUUUGCUCUUUGCAAUAAAUCUUGCUGCUGCUCACUCUUUGGGUCCACGCCGCCUUUAUGAGCUGUAACACUCACCACCAAGGUCUGCAGCUUCACUCCUGAAGCCAACGAGACCAUGAACCCACGGGAAGGAACAACUCCAGACAGGAGGAACGAACAAUUCUGGACGGGAGGAAUGAACAACUCCGGAUGGGAGGAAUGAACGACUCUGGACGCGCCACCUUUAUGAACUGUAACAUUCACCGUGAAGGUCUGCAGCUUCACUCCUGAAGUCAGCAAGACCACAAACCCACCAGAAGGAAUGAACAACUCCAGAUGCAUCACCUUUAAGAGCUGUAACACUCACCGCGAGGGUCUGCAGCUUCACUCCUGAAGUCAGUGAGACCACAAACCCACCAGAAGGAAGAAACUCCAGACACAUCUGAACAUCUGAAGGAACGAACUCCGGACACACCAUCUUUAAGAACUGUAACACUCACCGCGAGGGUCAGCGGCUUCAUUAAGUCAGUGCAACCAAGAACCCACAAUUCCGGACACACCAGCACUUUGGGAGGCCGAGGCGGGUGGAUCACGAGGUCAGGAGAUCAAGACCAUCCUGGCCAACACGGUGAAACCCCGUCUCUACUAAAAAUACAAAAAAUUAGCCAGGCAUGGUGGCGGGUGCCUGUAGUCCCAGCUACUCAGAAAGCUGAGGCAGGAGAAUGGUGUGAACCCGGGAGACGGAGCUUGCAGUGAGCCGACAUCACACCACUGCACUUCAGCCUGGGCGACAGAGUGAGACUCUGUCUCAAAAAAAAAUAAAUAAAUUGUAACCAACAGUAAUCCCCAGGGAGUAAUUUGGCAUCAAGUGAAUAUCCUGUUCCCUAUCACCUUUUCACCAAAUGAUAUCAUUGAUGAUCCUGGCAUGAAUCAAUUAUAAAAUUCCAUUAUUCAUUUAGGAUUACUUAGUUGGCAUACUUUUGUAAAGAGAACUGUUUCCUCAUCAACUGGUGCUCAUCAUCAGCUGUAUUUCAGUUACCCCGAAAUACAGCUGCUACUAGAAAGGCGGAAUACCUGUUUGUUUUCUUAAAUUAUCACUUUGCAGAGUAAAGUUGGUGUAAUAGUCACCACCAAUAGUGUGGCAAAUGAAGUUAGUUUUUUUUUAAUUUGGAUUACUCUUUGGGGAGAAUGGCUUUUUUAUGUUUAAAGUUUCCAAUCAUUUUUCGGUUUGCAGUCAUUGUUAUUUUUGAUUCUCAAAUUGUUCUAAUUUUGGCCAGUGGGCAACUUCAGGCUGGUUCCCAUGUCCUUUUAGAAGGACCUCGUUCGUCUUGAGAGGCGUCCUGAGCUUCUGACACAAGAUGUUCCAAGUUGUCCUCAUUCACUCCUAGCUCCUGACCUGGCAUCAGUCAUUUCUCGAAGGAUCACUUGGUACCUUUUAGUGGGGGGUGGUAUUUAGAGAUUAAUAGCUGGGUGUCAAGGCUAGACAAUGCUCCUAUGCCCUUAUUUUCAUUCAAAAGUUAACAAUAUAGGUUUUAAAAAAUACACUCAGGAUGUGUGUGUCUGUGGGAGGGGGGAACCAAAACACAAUAUAGCGGUUUCUACUGUGACCCUAACUUAUAUUAUGAUCCCGAUUUUUAAAAAGAGGAAACGGAGACCAGAGGUGCCCAAAGUUACUUGGCUAGUAAAUGGCAGCGUCGGGAUUUAAGCCCAGGCAUGUAACUUCCAUGUAACAGGGAAGGGAGUCCCAAGCAUUCAGAGGGGCUGCUCCAGGAGGCGACGGGUCCGUGGAAAGGGGUCAGGUUGAUGACCAGGGCUGGGGGUGCCGGAACCAGCAGAAAGGGUGAACGGAGCCGUCCUGCCCGACUCCUCUAGGCCAGGAAGGCAGGACCGGGCUAGCUGCCGGAUGAGGGAGCCGUUGAUGGAGUGGCCAGGGCCGCUGUUUCGCUUCAGAUCUGACCAGAACUUCCUAAGGCGCAGAAAGUACCAAAGAACCACACACGCGCACCCCAGAGCGGAGAAACCAGUCACGCGCCAGGAGCUUCAGCCAGUGUCCAUGGGACCCGACCCGCCUGUGAUGAGUGCCUGUCCACCCCUCAAUCAGAGGAAGCCUUGAGCAAGGAGGGGCGGGACAUCAGUAGGUCGUGUCCAAUGAGGAGCCAGCGCCGGAUUGCUUCAGGACAGACUAUUUCUGAGUCUCGGCGGAAGGCGGAGAGAAGGCCGUGGGGAUGGCCAAUCAAAGGGGGCGACUCAGGUCGGUGGGGACCGGCAGCCAAUCAGGAGAGCGCUCGCUCCUGACUCGACCGGCCCACGCUUCCCGCCAGUCCCGUAACCCUGAGGUUGCGGCGCGGCGGUCACUGCGCCGGGGUAGUGGGCCCCAGUGUUGCGCUCUCUGGCCGUUCGUUACAGCUCUGCUCCAGGCUCCAGUGUAGGGGCGUAGUGGGAUAUGGCCAACUCGGGCUGCAAGGACGUCACGGGUCCAGAUGAGGAGAGUUUUCUGUACUUUGCCUACGGCAGCAACCUGCUGACAGAGAGGAUCCACCUCCGAAACCCCUCGGCGGCGUUCUUCUGUGUGGCCCGCCUGCAGGAUUUUAAGCUUGACUUUGGCAAUUCCCAAGGCAAAACAAGUCAAACUUGGCAUGGAGGGAUAGCCACCAUUUUUCAGAGUCCUGGCGAUGAAGUGUGGGGAGUAGUAUGGAAAAUGAACAAAAGCAAUUUAAAUUCUCUGGAUGAGCAAGAAGGGGUUAAAAGUGGAAUGUAUGUUGUAAUAGAAGUUAAAGUUGCAACUCAAGAAGGAAAAGAAAUAACCUGUCGAAGUUAUCUGAUGACAAAUUACGAAAGUGCUCCCCCAUCCCCACAGUAUAAAAAGAUUAUUUGCAUGGGUGCAAAAGAAAAUGGUUUGCCGCUGGAGUAUCAAGAGAAGUUAAAAGCAAUAGAACCAAAUGACUAUACAGGAAAGGUCUCAGAAGAAAUUGAAGACAUCAUCAAAAAGGGGGAAACACAAACUCUUUAGGACAUAACAGAAUAUAUCUAAGGGUAUUCUAUGUGCUAAUACAAAAUAUUUUUAACACUUGAGAACAGGGAUCUGGGGGAUCUCCACGUUUGAUCCAUUUUCAGCAGUGCUCUGAAGGAGUAUCUUACUUGGGUGAUUCCUUGUUUUCAGACUAUAAAAAUAAACUGGGAUAGGAGUUAGACAAUUUAAAAGGGGUGUAUGAGGGCCUGAAAUAUGUGACAAAUGAAUGUGAGUACCCGUUCUGUGAACACUGAAAGCUAUUCUCUUGAAUUGAUCUUAGGUGUCUCCUUGCUCUGGUAAAAGAUAGAUUUGUAGCUCACUUGAUGAUGGUGCUGGUGAAUUGCUCUGCUCUGUCUGAGAUUUUUAAAAAUCAGCUUAAUGAGAGUAAUCUGCAGACAAUUGAUAAUAACAUUUUGAAAAUUGGAAAGAUGGUAUACUGUUUUUAGAGGAAUAAACGUAUUUGUGGUUUAA